CCGAAACUGGCUCGAUCAUUUCGAUUUGGAAGACCGUAUCAACCAAAUAAGAUGAGUGUUUGAUACUUUGAUGAAGUUAUUUUGCUGACUUUAGUUUCAAACUGUUGCUCGGUAAACACUCCUGACAGUCUACUUUGGCAUGAGCUGAAACCCAACACAGAAUGGGGAAACAGAACAGUAAGUUAAAACCUGAGGUACUGGCUGAUCUAAAGAAAGCAACGAGUUUCAACGAACAGGAGCUGCAGGAAUGGUACAAAGCAUUCCAAAAAGACUGCCCCAGCGGUAUCUUAUCAGUAGACGAAUUCCAGAAGAUAUAUGGAGGUCUUUUCCCCUAUGGUGAUGCUACCAAGUUCGCAGCGCAUGUCUUUAAAUCGUUUGAUAGCAACGGAGAUGGGACCAUCGACUUCCGGGAGUUCGUCACUGCUAUGAAUCUGACGUCACGCGGGACCUUAGAGCAGAAGCUGACAUGGGCGUUCAAUAUGUAUGAUUUGAACGGCAACGGCUACAUAUCCAAAACCGAGAUGGUUGAUAUAAUUGGUGCAAUCUACAAGAUGGUAGGCUCCAUGGUGACUAUGCCAGAAGAUGAGGCAACUCCCGAGAUGCGAACCGAAAAGAUCUUCAGUCUGCUCGACAAAAACCACGAUGGAGACCUCUCAUUGGCCGAGUUUAUAGAGGGCGCUAGGAGCGAUCCUUCCAUCGUCAGAAUGCUGCAGAUUGAACCAGGCGGUCCAUAGUUUAUAUAACAAGGAGACAUUAGUACUUGCUAAUGCCCUACACCGUUGGCCGAGUUCAUAGAGGGCGCUAGGAGCGAUCCUUCUAUCGUCAGAAUGCUGCAGAUUGAACCAGGUGGUCCAUAGUUCAUAUAACAAGGAGGCAUUAAUAUUUGAAUAUAAUAAGGCAAUUUUUCGUGAAAAACUUUGAGGGACAGAAAAUAUUUGAACCACGCUC